AUGGCGGAGAUGGUGGACAUCUUGAAGAGGACCGACUAUGAUGGUAAGUAUGGGCCGUACCCCAACCCAAAUGUGAGAAAGGCCAAGAUCAUGACUAAAGUUGUGAGAAGUCUGCACAGGAAUUUUGGGGUACAACGAUCCAAGGAGCAAUUGAGGAAACGCUUGUCAGACCUGAAAUUGAGGGAGCACGAUCAGUACAGAAUGAUCAGGAAACUACUUCUAAAAAGGCACAAUGAAGCAGCAAGACAGGAGACUGAAGAAACCCAAGGCACACCCCCGAGGGAUGUUGACGAAGGGGAACCCGCCACAACAUCCGAAAGGGUGCAGACUUCGAAAGCUUUGCUAGCUAAGUUGCAAAAGCAGCAAGGCUGUUUUACAAAACUUCACGCAGCCAGGGAUGCAGCAACCCAGAGCAGCUUUGUGAUAUCCCACAAAAUCGCGAAAUACAGUAAGCCGUUCUCAGAGGGGGAGUUUAUCAAAGAGUGCUUGGUGGACUCUGCAGCACUAAUAUGCCCUGAAAAAAAAGCGGCAUUUGAGCAAGUCCCGCUGUCCAGGCGAACCGUGACUAGAAGGAUCGAGGACAUUGCGGGGAAUUUGGAGCUUCAGCUGCAACGUGAAGUGGCACGUUUCGACUUUUUCUCCUUGGCUUUGGACGAAAGCUGUGAUGUCCGCGACACAGCCCAGUUACUUGUAUUCGUCCGCGGGAUAACCCCCGAGUUCAAGAUUACGGAGGAGCUGGCAGCAAUGCGGUCGAUGAAAGGAACGACGACAGGGAGUGAUCUGUUCACGGAGGUAAAUGAGUGCAUGGACAGGCUGGGACUGAAAUGGGACAGACUGACAGGCGUCACAACGGACGGAUGUCCAAAUCUCACCGGAAAAAAUGUUGGACUUUUGAAACGUAUGCAAGAUAAAGUGACUGAAAUCGACAUGGAUCAGAAACUGGUAUUUUUGCAUUGUAUUCUACACCAACAUGUGUUAUGCAAAUCAGUGCUAAAAAUUGACCAUGUCAUUGAUGUUGUUACUAAAAUAGUAAACUUCAUCAGGGCAAGAGCAUUGAACCACAGACAGUUUGUCGCACUAUUGGAGGAGCAUGAGACCGAGCAUCGUGACAUCGGCUACCACACAGCUGUCAGAUGGCUCAGUCUGGGAAAAGUGCUAAAAAGAGUCUGGGACCUGAAAGCAGAGAUUCGAGAGUAUUGUGAGAAGAAAGGCAAAGACUUCCCUGAGCUCUCAGAUGAGGACUGGAUGGCAGAUUUUGCAUUUUCUGUUGAUGUGACUGCACAGAUGAAUGAACUGAACACCAAACUGCAAGGCAAGGGCCUUUUUGUUCAUGAAAUGCACAGCCUGGUGAAGGCUUUCAUGACAAAGUUACAGUUUCUUUCAAGACAACUGGAGAGCAACAAUAUAACUCACAUGCAAACCCUGAAAGAAGUUACACCACCAGCUGAUCACCUCCGCAGGUACUCAUCCAUGUUGGGAGCAUUGCAUGGUGAGUUUUCAAGGCGAUUUGAAGAUCUCAGACAAAUCGAAGACAAAAUGUGCCUGAUUUCCUCUCCCUUUACCUGCAGUGUGGAUAAUGCACCCAGUGAUGUUCAACUGGAACUCAUCGACCUGCAGUCUGAUGCAGUACUGGCAGAGCACUUUAAGUCAAGAUCUCUGCUAGAUUUCUACUCUUCUCUCAAGGAGGAGAACUUUCCAAACUUGAGGAGACGUGCUCAGAAGAUGUUGGUUCUCUUUGGCUCUACAUACGUAUGUGAACAAACAUUUUCAAUGAUGAACUUCACGAAAUCCAGGUAUAGAUCCUCUCUCACUGAUGAUCAUCUGUCAGCUGUGCUUCGCAUUUCCACCUCAGACAUUCAACCUGACUUCGAUGCACUUGUUAAAGCCCAGCAGAGACUAGAUUUCUCUCACUGA